UGCAACCUGUUUCAAGAGCGCAAAUCCUUCAGGAGUUCAAUUUGCGAUGCCAGGCCCUGGCUGCCAAUGACAACAGAGGCUUUAAACAGGAGUUUGAGGUAGCUAGUUCGCACAUUUGGAGUAGAUUUAUGACUUUUAAAGUGUCAGUCAUGUGUGGUAAUAUCUUUAACUCUGUGCAGGAGCUGAGUGAUGUUGGCAAAGACCUUCCCACCAGAGCAGGAGACUCAGAGGUCAACAGAGAGAAGAACAGAUACCCUUACAUUUUACCAUAUGAUUACUGCCGGGUGAGGCUGUCCGUCCAAAACUCCUAUCCACACACGGACUACGUCAACGCAAGUUUUGUGCCUGUAAGAUCUCACUCGCUUCUUCAGCCUAAUUCAUUUUGCCUGUCAUCUUUAUUAUCUUCACAGUCUUUCUCUAAGUCUGUCUGUAUCCGUUACUGACUGUGUGUCUGCUUUCAGGGUGGAGGAUCAGAAAGAGACUUCAUCUGCACUCAGGGUCCUUUGCCCAACACCAUGGCCGACUUCUGGAGGAUGGUGUGGGAGCAAAAUGUCAGGAUUAUUGUCAUGGUGACAGCUCUGAGGCACAAGGACAUAGUGCUGUGUGAUAAGUACUGGCCUCUGGAACCAGGGACAGUUUAUCAUGGGCUGAUCCAAGUGACAACAUUGGCUCGCAAAAAAGCUCCAGAUUAUUUUAUCACGACCAUUAACCUCCGACGGAGAGACUGUCCGACAGACAGGAUCAUCACACACUACUACUACCCCUCCUGGCCAGAUCGGGGCGUCCCUAAGAGCUCAGCUUCUGCCUGUGCCUUCACAGAGCAUGUGCGGCAGCAUCUGGAAACCCUUCCUCGUCUGGGGCCAACUGUGGUACACUGCAGUGCAGGUAUUGGCCGAACAGGGACAUUUGUGACGUUGCUGUGGCUGAUGCAGCUGUGUGCGAGGGGAAUCCGGCCUAAUAUACGAGCUGCGGUGGAGGACCUGCGUCUCCAUCGAAUGUGGAUGGUCCAGACUCUGGAGCAGUACAUAUUUGUUCACCUGUGUCUGCUACAGUGGCUCAGUGGAGGAGGCCCAGCAUGCACCCCACAGGGAGCCACUUCCAAUGCUCACCCCCACAUGCAGGACCCAUCUCACAUCUCCUCAGGACGGGGAGACCGAGCGGGGACGAGGCAUCACCGCCAUCGACAGAGCAAACCUCCAUCAGAACAACCGCAGAAUACAAUGCAGCUGAUGUUAAACCCUGGGAACCUACUGAGGAGAUUACUGCCCUCCUCGUCACCGUUUUAUCCAGGAUCCUAAUCUAACAUAAUGUGAGAUAUACAUGUGCAGAGACACUGAGUUAAAAAAAAAACACUAUGCAGUUCUGAGAUGCAGAAAUAAUGCUGCGUACACUGCAUGAGGACAGGCCCCGCAGGUGAAGAAACUGGCUUGACAACAUGCAGAUAAAUGCAGGUGAGGAAACAACAGACGCAGCAAUUUGUAUUGCUACCACAAAGCGGAAUAAAGGAAAUAAUCUGCCGGAUCAGGUCAAACCUGUUGUUCUAUCAUCAGUGACCUACUGAGGGAUUCAUGAGAAAAAUUAAGCCGCUGCCUCUACAAGCAACAAAAUGCUGCCUGCGCAAACUUCAGUGCAAUCUGUAAUGUUAAAUAUGAAAUGUUUCCUGUGUGUCGCUGAUCUGUACAUAGUAUUUUUGUAAGUUUGUGUAUCUCCAUUACUGAUAAAGUGCUGCUGUGACAUGACUUUUAUUUAGAUUUUUUGAAAAAAUCAUUGUGCAUCAUUUUAUAUCACACAAUGCAGGCUAGCAGUACUAAAGGAUGCAUGUGCAGAAUUGAUACGGGGCUUUCUAGAAAGGCAGACACAUGGUAUAGUGGCUGUACAAAAAAGGUCAUGUUUCAAAAACACACAGGCACUGCCA